UCCGGGCUUCCAGGCUUCCAGGCUUCCAGGCGGUAGAAGAGCUGGGACUGGAACCCAGCCCGAGGGUACACCGCAGCCCAGGAGGAAGCCGCGCCAUAUGCCUGGGAUGGUGGAGACCAAGGACUUGGUGCAUCUCCGGCAGCUCAACUCGGCACUCCUGAGGCAGCUGCGGGUCGGGCAGGAUGCCGUUCGGCGGUCGGUGGCCAAAGCAGCCUCAAAGUCAGCCCUGGACUCCAGCAGCAGCCACGACUCCCGGACACCAUCGUCCCAGGAGACAUUGUUAAUGGCCCCCAGAGCCUCCGGCCUACACCCUGCGCACCAGGGCGAUCCCUGUGAUAUGUCCGGGCCUGGUGGGACCAGCUCUGGAGUGAUCUCUCUCCCUUCUGCCAAGUACCGACACCAGGCGUCCCUGGGCUCACUGAGGCCCUACUCGGCACCCUUGCUGGCCAUCUCAGACCCAAAUGACCCAGCGCUUUCAGCAGAGCUGGACAGUCCAGGGCCUCAGGAGGUCCAGGCCCAGAGCUCCACCCUGGAUCAACAAAAGUGGCUGUCCAAGUCAAGAGUGACCCUCAGUGAGGAGUCUGCAUUGCCGGACAGGAGCGGGCACCUCCGGCCAUACUUGGGCUACGAUUGGAUUGCAGGGUCUCUGGACAACAGCUCACCCAUCACCAGCAAGCCCGAGGCCUUCUUUUCGGAGCUACAGGAUUUCCGGGAAGCCAACAAGGAGGAGUGUAUCAACAGUGACCCUGAACCCCAGUUCCUAGGCCCGUGGGAGAGCAGUGGUGUGGAGGAAGACCAUGAAUGCCUGUACUGUUACCGCGUCAACCGGCGCCUGUUUCUGGUGCCUUCCGAUCCUGGCGCCCCUUGCCGCCUGUGCCGGACACCUCGGGACCAGAAGCGUCCCGAGACUCGGGUGCAGACAGCGCAGGUCAGGGUGAGCAUCCCGCUGUCCGUCCUGGACCCCCCGCACCAGUACCGCAUCCACCGGCGGAAGAGCUUCGACGCCUCCGACACGCUGGCCCUGCCCCGGCACUGCCUGCUGGGCUGGGACAUUCUCCCUCCGAAGUCCGAGAAAAGCUCAGCACCCAAGAGCCUGGACCUCUGGUCCUGUGUCUCCUCCGAGGCCCAGCACCGGAAGCUGUUAGCUGCCAGUCCUUCUCACCUGGCCCUGCCAACAAGGGUCCCACCCUGCACCCCAAUCUAGUUGGAACCCCAGCCGUGUGCCCCCUGGCGGAAGCCCUGAGGACUGGCCACUUGGAGGAAGGCAGAGCCCCUGCCAUCACCUGUAACCCGUCUCCCCUGUUAAGGCACCCACGACAAGGGAGGUGGACUUAGGCCCCACCCUCCUAGGUGGGCAGGUGGAUGGCCCCAGGCUUUUCUCCUUCCCGGGGACAGAGGUGGGGACUCCAGGGUUGGGGGGCAGGGGGUAAGAGGAUUCUAUGACAUGUCCGUAAAUAAAGCUCAGUACUCUGUGCAGCUCCGGAUCGCCUUGUGUGCUGGGUCUGCCCUGCUGAUGCCCUCAGUGUCCGGGAGGGGGCCCGGCAGCAGCCUCUUCCCCUCACCCAGGGGCAGACACGUCUGACAACCUGCAUUGGGCCGGGCGAUUCCAUGGCCCCGGGCGUGGCUCUGCAGCUCCCAACUCUGGGCAGGUGGCCUCCCAGGUGGGGGCUUGGGGCUCAGGGUCUCAGGCAGGCCCCCGUGGAUGAGGCUGAAGCUGUGGACAGCAGACAGUGAGUUCUCCCCUUCUUCUUGGUCCCUAAAGCUGGGGUCCAUUGACGGGGGGCUUCUCCUGAAGUCUCUGGGCCGGUGGCUCUUCCCCUGCCCUCUCUAUCUAGCCCAGCCCUGGGAGCCCCGGGUGAUCAGAGCCCUGGCAGGCACAGACGGGGAAGCCGAGAGCCAGGCGGUGAGCUGAAGGCAAGGUUGGCCGAGGGCCCAGAUCUCCCCUCCUGGGUUACCAGCCGAUGUCUGUCUUCCUCUUGAUAGGUUGAACAGUAUGAAAUUCCUGGUUUUGUAGGAUAAAAAUGGAAUAAAUGGGAGCCCGAAGGCCAGAGGAGGCACACGGUUUUUCUGAGGUUUCUCAACUUAGAGGGCUGGAACGAGGGUUAUGGUCUCCUGUGGCCUCCACGAGAGCCGUGACGCCGGGGAAGCUUGGUCCGCCUGCUGCGCACGGCUCCCGUGUUAGUCAGGGUGGGCGAGGUUCUGCUGCAGUAGCUGAUGAACCCCCUGCUCUCAGGGCCCUUCUGUGGGUUCCAGUCUCUCCACAUUCACACCAAUGUUUAUUUUCUGCUUUUUCGAUGGUAGCCAUCCGAAUGGGUGUGAGUUGGUAUCUCGUGGUUUUUGGUUUGUAUUUCCCUGAUGAUGAUUGAUGGAGAACAUCUUUUCUUGUGCUCGUAGGCCAUUGGUACGUCUUCUUCAGAGAAACGUGUGUUUGAGUCCUCUGUUCAUUUUUAAAUU